UUAGGGGCGGAAGUGGCAAGACCCAGAGCAACAGGAAAUGACUUAGGGAAAGUCCCAACCGCAGCCCCCCAACCCCUGCCUAAAAAACACCCCAGCCUGCAGGGUGGGGGAGGGCUCAUGGGGCCCCACUGACUGACUUCCCCUUACAGAACCCUCCUGGCGCUGUUGUUUCCACCGGGGCAGCCAAGUACCCUGAAGAGCCAUGUUCCAGGCUGCCGGAGCCGCCCAGACCACCCCUUCACAUGAAGCCAAAGGCAGCAGUAGCAGCAGCAGUGUGCAGCGCUCCAAGUCCUUUAGCUUGCGGGCUCAGGUGAAGGAGACCUGUGCAGCCUGCCAGAAGACUGUGUAUCCUAUGGAACGGCUGGUGGCAGACAAGCUCAUUUUCCACAACUCUUGCUUCUGUUGCAAACACUGCCACACCAAACUCAGCCUGGGCAGUUACGCCGCACUGCAUGGUGAAUUUUACUGCAAACCUCACUUUCAGCAGCUGUUUAAGAGCAAAGGCAACUACGAUGAGGGGUUUGGUCGGAAACAGCACAAGGAGCUCUGGGCCCACAAGGAGGUGGACUCAGGCACCAAGACAAACUGAGGCUCCUGUAACACGCACUCCCUGCAGCUGGCCAGUGGGAAGGCGGUUGAUCUGGGCGUGGGGGAGUGGGGUGGAAGGGGAUAAGGCUCCCUCAGACAGGUUUCAGGCAUAGGGCUGUGCUCCAGGAUUCCUUUCUUUUCCCAUAGGAGGUUGGGUUUGGGAACCAGAAUUGGAAUUUUCACCGUACUGCUUCCUUUGGCCCAUCUUACCUCACCCCAUGGCUCCCUGGGAGGCCCACAAGCCCAGCUUCCCUAUCUCGGUGCCUUUUCUCCAGCAAGGAGUCAGCAUGCCCUCCUCAGGGUCCCAAGCUCCCUCACUGCCACCUGGGCCUUGUGUACCCCCCCUUGUC